CAGAGCCAGCUGACAACUGCACAAGUGAAGGAGAGAUUGAAGACCAGAAUUCUUCAGUCCCAGAUAUAUUAGAGUUGGAGAUUCGUGGAUCAGGCCAGGAAACAGAUGAAGACUAUUUUGAGACCCAAUCACAUCAAAGUGAAUCACUGUCAGACAUCAAGACAGAGCCUUAUGAAAGUGUGUCAGACUCAGAGUCCAUUGGCAGUGAUGUCACUAGAGAAACCAACCUUUCUUCAGAAAUAGAAGAGUCAUGGCAUAAGCAUUCUGACACCAAAGGAGACAGUUCUCCUCCCAAGUGUUUCACAAAACAGUUGGGAUUUAUUCAGAAGGAAACCAUGGAAUUCCCUUCAGUCUUACAUGUAGCAACAGGCAAAGGUGCAUUGGAAUUAUUGGCACCAGAAUCCAGAAUUGAAGGCAUCAAAAGAAACGAGCAGGUUUUACCAUACAGUAUUACCCCCACAGGGUCAAAAGCUGAUAAAAAGGACUUUGUGUUACAGACUGAAGCUUUGCUAAAAGUGGGGAAAAAAUCUGCAGACAGAGAGGCACAUUCAGAAGAUCAAAUUGAAGGUGCUAGUAACAAAGAGAGAAUGAGCCCAGAAGCUGUGUUGGUUCAUCUCAGAACAAAUUCUGAAAGUUGUUUGAAUUUUUCUGAAACUUGGUAUUCCUGCUCAGAAACAGUUUUCAGAAACAGUUUGCCUAAUAUUCAUUUAGAAACAAAUGGAAUUUGGAAAAGAAAUUGUGAAACUUCCAAAGUUAGGUGUAAAAAAGAUUGUAUAUCUAAUACCAAGUAUAACCUGAAGAACAUUUUUGACAGUCAAAAAACUGCAGAAACAAAUUUGUGUGGUAGAAAGCAGGAGCUUUCAGAUUUUAAAUCUGCAUUUCUGGUGCCUCCCACAAAGCCAGGAAACUUUGCAAUGAAAUCGUGGCACAGUUCCCCUGGGAAUAUAAGUGGUCAAGAUAUCAGAGAACAUAUCAAUGAUUGCCUUUGUCUGGCAGAUAAAUUAAGCCAGUCGUGCUCCAAGUUGCCCCUGAAAGAAUCAGAUUAUGUUCAUAUAAAGGAAAACACAGAUUGUUCACAAAAUUCCUUAAAAGUUGAAAAAGAGACAAGUAUUAAAGGAUUAUUUCUUAAUACUCACUUGGUUUCAAAUAAAAACUUACUGAUGCAGACAGAAAGCUCCCAUUGGACCACCAGUACGAAUUUGCACAACAAAUCCAAGCUCUGUGGCCUUACAACAAAAAGAGCAGAUACAUCUGAGUGUCAGUCUUUGGCAUUGUCCCAGCUGCCAAAUUCCUCAGAAAACAAUUCUAAACAGAAGAAUAUUUCAAAUACAGAAUGUAUAUCAGCAGAUAUCAAUGCCAACGGAGUGUUAAGUAAACAUCACCUGAAAUCAAAGGAUGACAUAGAAAUUAAAGGGUUGUCUCCAAAUCACAUUAGUUCUGAAUCACACAUCUGUGAUGUUGAUGUCCCAGAAAGUUACCUAGAUAAAUGCAAUACAGUAAAUAAAUAUGAUAAUACUUGUGUUGUUCAUGCUUCCAUUAUUAAUACAGAUGUGAACAAGGAAAGCAAAUGCAUCAAAACUCAAAACCCUAAGACUUUUCUUGCAGCAACUGAAAUGAGAAGCAAAUCUGGGCCAAGUAUAGGCUGUGAGAAGGGAGUUGAGAUUCUGACAUCAAGUGGAAAAGACUUCAGAGGAGAACAAGAGUCAAAUAUGGGCAGGAUAUCCAAUAUAUUAAAAUAUCCUUUGAAUCAAGAGAGAACAAACGGGCAUCUCAACAAUAUAGAAAGGAAUUGCAAUUGUAGUAAUGGUGAAGAUGUUGAUGUCACUGCUUUUGAAGUAGCACUAAUGCCACAUUGUAUCUGCCAAAAGGAAAAAUCAGAUAAUAUUUCUGAGUUAAAAGCUCUAUUGAUUAAAACUCCUGGUCAAGAACGACUGCAAACAAAGGCUGAAGGUGAGAACUCUUUGGCUAAAUUUACUGAGAUGCUAGAGCAUGAAAAUUCAAACUCUCAUCUCAUCACCUUGAUGGAUGCUACAAAACCAGAAGAAUCUCCAAAUGUACAGUCCAGUUGCAGGAAUGACAUUGUAUCUGUGCAGGUGAUACCAUACAAUGAAGGUGAAUUCCUAGUUAAGAUGGCUGCUGAGGAAGGUUCAAGAAACAUGCAUUGUGAAGCAGAUGCAAACAUGCUGGAUUCACUGUCUUUGCCAAUCUCUGCAAAAUCUGCAGAAGGUAGUUUGGUGAACAAUACACCCACAACUAAUUUACCUUUAGAAAGUGCUGUACAAACUUGGAAAGAAGAGGGAUGCAUAGAUAUUUUGCCCUUGGAACCACAUGCAACAAAUAUGGACAUAUCAUUGAUAAAACCAUGUCAGCUGAAGGGUAAUUCUGUCUUAGAGACAGUACAAAUAGCAAACCACCAAUCUGAAACUGGAGGCUAUACAGCAAUGGAUAAGUCUAUGACCACAAAUGCAGAGCAGGAUGCUUGUGUAAAUAUUGCAAGAAGACAAGAAAUGAAUAGUGCAAAUGUCUUGUGUCAAGACAUUGUUGAUUAUGAUGAGACUUAUCAUCAAGGAAAUAAAGUCCAUACCAAGCAAAUUGUUGAGAAGGAAGACACCAAAAUUUGUGAUAUAAUACAUGGGGAAAUUGCCCUUUCCCCGAAAUCAGAAUAUGCAGAAGAUUCAAAGUGCAUUAGCAAAAACAAUGACAGGAAUGCAAAUCCAGAUAUUUGUGACACUUCAAUGAAAACUGACAGCCCAGAUAAUAGCACCAGUAGCCUAGAUAAUAUCAGCAUGGGAAGUGCAAAUAAUGAGGAGGUGGACAAUAAUCUAAUUAACUUUUUUGGUAGUAACAAUAGUUUCUAUAAGGCAGUACAGAGAAUCAACAAAGUGGGUGCCAUAGAAAAGUCUGCUAAGCAUUCUAAAUUUUUAGCUUUUCCCAAGAUGGCAUCCUUCAGGAAAACUAAGCUAACAUCUUCUGAAAAUCAAGAUAACAUGAAAAAUAAGGAAGUAACAUUAGAUAGAGAUAAAGCAGAUGAAGUAGAAGAUAGUUGGAAAUACCUCAAUUCAUCCAGUUCUACUUUGCAAAAUAAGGAACAUUGUCUUGCAGAAUAUUCAGAUGAUGAUGAUUUAUUCUAUGAAAGACCUGCUGGACUUUUCAAUAGAAUUAGCCUGAGAAAAGCUUCCAGCUCUGGUCGGACACUCUUGGAAAGUACAGGCACAUAUUCUUCUUCUCCCAUGUUAGCCAGAGUGAAAUAUGGGGAAGGAACAAUUUUCGGAUUUGUAGAGAACAACAAUAAUGAGUUCCCUGAGUACCCUGAAGUCCAGAAAUCUUCACCUGAGAAUGACUUUAAAAGUAACAAGAGCACAGACAGCAAAAAAUUCCGGAGCCGAUUGGCCUUGGCCCACAGAUCCCUUUCAAGUUUUUUUGAAUCUAAAACUCUGGAGAAGGAAAAUGCUCAACAGAGUCCAAGAAUUUCAUUAAAAAGUGAAAAAGAAAAAGUGAAAAUGCACCAAACAUCUUGGAAAGCAUUUCUGAAGAGCAAGGAGGCAGAUAGCCUGAAGCAAAAUCCUUGUUCGGACAGGAGCUCUGGAAACUUUGGUAGAAGAACAUUGAAGGAAAAAAAGGAGUAUCACAACGGACAAGAAUUUUUAAGAUAUAACGUUUCUAAUGGCUCAUCUACAGAAGGGGGACCUUCUGGCUCCUUUGGGCCUGCUGACUUUCUCCUUAUAGACACCAGGAGGAGGAGAAGAGGGUCAUCUCAUAGCCCGGAUUGCAGUGGGAAAGAGAAAAUGAUGGGGAAUGAUGGGGAUACUUCCUAUGAAGAAUUCUGGCUGAAAUCUCCAAUUAGUCCAAUUGACCUGCAGUCGUCAUUUUCUCAUUUCACUCCUUCUUGCCCCCAGUUGUCAAUGUAUGAACGUAAAGAUAUGCCAUGCAGGCCUAUGAGUCCCAAGCCACAAAGUCCUCGAACUGGUCAUCAGCGUAUAGGCUUCCAUUAUCCUGGUAAAUUAAGUUCAACUUCAUUGAUAUCUCUUGGAAAUAUCUCUGUUAUUGAUGGCAGUUUGGAAGCACCCGGGAGGCCAAAGACAUUGAAACCCAGAUCGAGUUUCUUGCAGUCCAUGUACUCAUUAGAUAAUGACUAUUUGAGAGAAGACAGUGGAAUAAGCAGCCAGUCACAGAUCAGCUUAAACACUACUACUUCAAUGAGUGAUAUAAUCAGAGAUGAGGAACAUUCCCAACAGAGUGAAAUCUCCUCAGAAAAGAGGUCAGGUGAAAAGCAUGGUCUCCAUUACAGAAAGAGGUCCACUCAGAUGCCAGCAUCUCUGCAUUCAAAUGUAGAGGACAAGGCCUGGAUCCUUCCCUUCUGUGUCCAGGAGGAAAAGAUAAAAAAGCAUGUCCGGCAGGAGAGGCACAGGUCCCUGUACAAGUGCUUCAGCUUUGAUGAUACAUGGAUGGAACGAAAUCGGAAAAGGAAGUUUGUGAAAGAGGCACAGUCAGACAGAGAGAAUGAAUCAAGUAACAUCCCAGAAGAUCAACUACAUGUUAAAAUGAGAUCCGUUACUUCUCCAGUGGCCAUUGAUGCCCUUCCUCUCAAGUUGCACCUCUAUUCCCAAAGCACACCUACAGGACUAGACUGUAUGGGCUUGAGGCAAUGCAUCACCUUCCCUGUAAUUGCUGACGGAUCACUAGAGAAGACCAGUGAUGAUAUUGGGAGUGAAGAGGAUUUGUAUGAAGAUUUCCGAAGUUCGAGUCAUCGUUAUGGCCACCCAGGUGGUGGAGGAGAGCAACUUGCUAUUAAUGAGCUCAUCAGUGAUGGUGGUGUGGUCUAUGCAGAAGCACUCUGGGAUCAUGUCACUAUGGAUGACCAAGAACUAGGUUUCAAGGCUGGUGAUGUUGUUGAAGUAAUGGAUGCUACUAACAAAGAAUGGUGGUGGGGCAGGAUAAUGGAGAAUGAAGGCUGGUUCCCAGCCAGCUUCAUACGGCUCCGAGUAAACCAGGAUGAACCAAUGGAAGACUAUCCUCUGAAGUUAGAAGAUGGUCGGGAAGAAGAUGCAAGAAAUGGUGCCCACCGCUAUGGAAUGGGGCACACAACAAAGGAUCAAAUGAGAACCAAUGUUAUUAAUGAAAUUCUAAGUACAGAGAGAGAUUACAUCAAACACCUAAAAGACAUCUGUGAGGGCUAUAUAAAACAAUGCCGUAAAAGAGCAGACAUGUUCACAGAAGAGCAGCUGAAGACUAUAUUUGGGAAUAUUGAGGAUAUCUACAAAUGCCAGAAAAAGUUUGUUAAAGCCUUGGAGAAGAAAUUCAACAAAGAUUGCCCACACCUAAGUGAGGUUGGCUCCUGCUUCUUGGAAUAUCAAAAUGAGUUCCAGAUCUACUCGGAGUACUGCAACAACCACCCGAAUGCCUGUAUGGAGCUUUCCCGGCUUACCAAAGUGAACAAAUAUGUCUAUUUCUUCGAAGCGUGCCGUCUCCUUCAGAAGAUGAUUGAUAUCUCUCUGGAUGGUUUCCUCCUAACGCCAGUUCAGAAAAUUUGCAAGUAUCCCCUACAGCUUGCAGAACUGCUGAAAUAUACCAACCCACAGCAUAGGGAUUUUAAAGAUGUUGAAGCUGCUUUGAAUGCCAUGAAAAAUGUAGCACGGCUCAUCAAUGAAAGGAAGAGGCGCUUGGAAAAUAUAGACAAAAUUGCUCAAUGGCAGAGCUCAAUAGAGGACUGGGAGGGUGAAGAUGUCCUUGUUAAGAGUUCUGAACUCAUCUACUCUGGAGAGUUAACCAAAAUUUCCCAGCCUCAAGCAAAAAGCCAUCAAAGAAUGUUCUUCCUCUUUGAUCACCAACUUGUAUGCUGCAAGAAGGAUCUCUUACGGCGUGACAUCCUCUAUUAUAAGAGUCGGAUCAACAUGGAUCACAUGGAAAUUUUGGAUGUGGAAGAUGGGAAGGAUAAAGAUUUCAAUAUCACUGUUAAGAAUGCAUUCAAACUGCAUUGCCAGGACACUGAAGAAGUCCAUUUAUUCUGUGCAAAGAAACCAGAACAGAAGCAACGCUGGCUCAAGGCAUUUGAGAAUGAAAGGAAGCAGGUUCAGCUUGACCAGGAAACUGGUUUUUCCAUCACUGAAAUGCAGAAGAAACAAGCUAUGCUUAAUGCCAGCAAACAAAAUCAGAGUGGAAAGCCAAAAGUGGUCACCAGGACAUACUACGAUUUCUUGAUGCGCCAGAAACACCCUACCCUGCCUACAAACCUUCCCCAGCAGCAAGUCUUCAUGCUGGCAGAGCCCGCGCAAACCUUCAAACUUCUGGCAGAAUAUCAGCAGGCUGGCACCGUUUCGAAAAUAAGGGGAAGCAGCCUGACCUUGUGCCUGAAUCCCUUUUGAGAAAGCACUUUAUGCUUCAGUCCUGCAAACCCAAGCACUGCCUCCGCCUCCUGGCUUAGCAUCCUCCCGUAUUCCUUUACUUUGGAUCAACUGGAAGAGCUUCAAAGUGUCAUGACCUUGUUGUGUACGUGUGCAUGUGCGUAUGUUGGUGAAAAUGAGCUGAGACUGCCCAUAUGGAUGAAUACCUAGGAGAAGACUGGUGUCAGAAUCAUUUUUUUAAAAAAACUUCCUCAUUUUGUCCCUUUUCUUCUGGACUGACCCUUCAUCUGGGAACAUUUAUUUGGGGAUCAAAAAAAGGCUGACAGGAAAAGUCGACAGUAGAUGAGCAGCUACCACCAUCUCUUGGCCAUUUGCUCUGAGCAGCUAUCUCAUGUUUCUACUGGUGCCCAUUUUCCUGGGAUGAGGGACUCCCUUCCUCUUACCCAGAUUUUCAGAGAUCCAGAACAGACUGAGCACUCCUGGGGAUCGAGCUUCACCUUUUCCUACGUGAAAGCUGAACAGCUGAUCUGGAACCAGUACUUGAUUGACCAACCCGAAGUGUGGCUAACAGCCAGGAUAUUUGCAACCUAAUUGAGUUAAUGUACAUUGUGGGGAAGGGGGAAAUGAGCCUAAAUUACAUUUUAAUUACUUUUACUUUCUACAAACAAUUUCUCAUAGUUCCUGGCCAAUGAUAAUUUUUCUCAAUGUUUUUAAAAUGUUUAUUUAUGUAACAGUGCAAAUAACUGUAUUUUGUAAGUUUGUAAUCUGUCUUGUCAGGUUUUAACUUGAUGCCUCUUUGCCUCUUUUUUCCCACUGAAGAAGGCCAAUAUUUGGAAGCCUGUAUCAACCCUCCACAACUUGAUGUCCUCCAAAUGUGUGGAAGUCCCAUUCCAAGAAUUCCAAAAUAGGCGCAGUGAGCUUUUAGGGAUUCUGGGAGUUACAGUCCCAACAUAUCUAGGGGACACCAGGCAGAAGAAAGGCUGGCCUAUAUUUCUAAAGACAUAUGACAUAGAUUUGUCUAAAGAUUAAUUUCUUUAGUGCCAGGCACUUACAAACUAAGCAGUAUUAUUCGGAAACUGUAUCACCUAUGCAACACUCUGCAGAGGAGGUGAGGGUGCUUAACAGAAAGACAGGGACACAGAUUUGCCAAUUUCUAUGGGGAGUGUAUAUUCAGACACUAACCACUUGAAAAUUGAUGGCACCCCCCUUCCCCAUAUAAUCUUUUGAUUAGAUAAAGAUUUGCCUUACCAUAGUGAGAUAGAUAGAAGCCAUAACUGACUGAAUCCCAUUGUUUAGGGAUUUCCUGGUACUGUGAAAUUAAAGCGAAGAACCCAACCUACCCUGGCAUGACUGUACUCCAGGGGAGUGAGCGUUCAGCAGUGUAAUGCAAGAAGAUGCAGUGUCCAACUGUAGCUGACCAGCCUUCAGUUAUAAAAAUCCAGAAGCAUGUACAGAAUCAUUCUUGCACUAUCUCUUUCCCCCUUUGGAGGGGUUACGUUUAAUUUCAUAAAGAAAAUUGUAAAACUGACUUUCAUUCAGUGUCUCUCUUUUUUCUUAUGCAGAAAUGUCCUUUACAUUUGAUUACUAUUAAGUGAACAACUAGUAGGUCUGCUUUGGAGCAAUGGGCACACAAUUUUUGUUUCAUACUAGGUGCAUCCUUGUAUUUAAUGUAUCGUUAUGUAUCUGUAGUUCUACAUAUUGAGAUGGUAGACUACUGGGUUUUACGCCCAAGAAAAUCAGACAAUAUGGGAGAGGGUAGGAUAACAAAAGUAUAUAGCCCAAGUUUGUAGGCAGGCAGAGCUCAUGUUUUACCUUAAAAAAAAAAAAGUGACAUAGUAUGGGUGAAUUAGCAUCUGAUCAUGCUGAGUUGCAAAUAGCAAUCAUGUUAAUUUUGCAGUUCACUCACUCUCAUGUUACUACAUGAAUUGAUCAAUUUGAAUAGAUCCAGAAUUAUCAGGGAAAGUUCCAAAGAUAAUGGCCAGAUAAUUUGUCCUUGAAUUAACAAUCAAUUCUCAUAACCACAUGAAUGUAAUCAUGUUUUAUUGGCCACAAUACAAAAGUGGUUCACCAUUGCCUUCUGGGAUACCUUUUCAGCUUUCCAGUCCAAUCUACAGUCCUGGUAUUCUAUUCCAUCCUCCACUCAAAUGCAAACUGGGCCUGAGACUUUCUAGUAUUUUUUUUUUUAAUUAGCCACCUUCCUGCAGGUGCUGCCUCCUGCUGCAGUGCUAACAUAUGUUCAGCUCGAAAGCUUGUUCAAUAGGCACAUGUACUACAGCCCCAACUCCCAUCAGAUGUUGCCCUUUAACCAUUCUUUGUGACUUACCAUGUUGCCCGAACCUACUACCUUUCUGGAAAUUAGGAGUUGUAGUCUUCACUCCAGUUUCCCAAAACCUAAAAUGGCCAUUUCUGAUUAGAUGACAUAAUAAAGCACAAAGCCUGAUUAAACUGUGACAUGGAAUAGAGAUGAUAGUAUUCAUGCACCGGUUUAACUGAACUUUUUAGUCUAGUAUGUUCCAUGAACACAGCCUAUAGAAAUAAUAUGCUAAGGUUGCAGUUUGAUCACUCAAGCAUACAGCAGUUAGUUAAAGGAAGCUGGAAGUGAUGCAAAUGUGUCCCAAGUUAUUUUUACGUUGAUAUGGUUAAGUUAAAAACCUCAAGUCAUUGGUUGCUUGUACAAUAAUUGAGAGGAAUUAACAGACAAAAGUCUCCUGAGUCAGGUGAGACUUCCAUAAUUGAAUGACAUGCUUUAACAAUGCUAGGAUGACAAUUUUUAAAAAAUAAAUGUUAGCAAUAUAUACACCCCCAUAAACAUUGUUUGAGGUUAUCUGGAAAUAGACCAGACAACUUCAGAACAUAGUGUUGUUUCUUUCAUUUAAAUGGAGAGUACCUAUUGUGUUUUAAUUGGACAAUUUUGACAACUACUAGGUAAGUGAUGAAUUUGCAAAAUAUUUCUUGCAAAAGGGGAAAACAUAUACUUCUAUAAUUAGGAAAGAACAUUAAACUCUUCUUCAGAAGUCCUUAACAAAAAGUGGAUGAGGUAUAGAUCAGAAGUUCCCCACAUUGUCAGCAAAAGUUCUAACUGAAAAAAAAAUUCUCUGGAACAACUUAUUGGAGGUUGCAAUGUAGAAAGUAAUUUAAUUCAUGUUUCAAUUGAUAGCAUUUGUAAUAUUUCAAACCAUCUCAUUAAAUCAUGUAAUACUGUAUGAAAUAUACUAGUUUUAGCUCAGAACAAGUGUCCAGCUUACAUGUAAAUUUGGGAUCCAGUGGUACCUUGAUUGCCACACAGGCAAGGCUAUAAACUGCUCUACAUAUUCCUAAUAAUCACACUUGAGAAAAUAUGAAAUAAAACCAGUAACACAUAGACCAAUCCCUUCUGCUUGCUGCUUAUCUUUCAAAGUCCUAUGAUCAGUGACCCGACCAGUUUAGUGCUUUGUCACAUCAAUUUCACCUCACAUUCUUCUAAAUAGAUGAGUUUACCAUCAUUCACAUCAAAUAAGGAGAGUGAUUAUUUAGCUUUACUUGCCUUGAAUUCUAGGCAUCACACAUUUAAGGAUUCAGAGAAAUUAGAACAGGUUCACAGAAAGAUGAAGUUGUAGGGAAGAGAAACUAAGCCCUAUGAAGAAACUGAAGGAACUGGGUGCGUAUAGUCUUGAAAAAAAGUUGACGGGGUAGGGGUGGGAUAUAGUGGCAUUCUUCAAAUACCUGAAAUAAUGUCACACUGAAGGGUAUGAUCUCUCAUUACAGAGUCUAGGGCAUGAAACAGAUUUAAGUUACAGGAAGGCAGAAAAAGCUUCCAGUUUGACAAGAACCAGUUACCUAGAGGGGUUGUGGGUUCCCUCUAUUGGGUAUGUUUCAGUUAGAUAGCCAUCUGUCUGGAAUGCCCUAAUUUAAAUUCCUGAUCUGAACAGGGAGUUGGACUCAUUGACCUAAAUGGUUCCUUCCAGUACCAAACUCCCAACAUUAAACAUGGCAAAUUUAUAGUAGUUCUCUAAAAGUAUGUAAAAUUUAAAAAUAAAUCAUUUGAUAUUGCUAAAAGAGAAAAUUUUGCUAUACAAGUAAAUAACUCAACAUGUACUAAUCUCACUUUAAUGUUUUUCUCCUUUCAAUGAAACUUGCAAAUUGUUUUAAAAUUCUAUGGAUGGUGUAAGACAGCAAGUAUGAUGUGAAUCAAACUAUUGUUGGUCAAUAGAUCAGAGGCAGAUAAUGUGAUUUCCUUCAGAUGUUUUAGAUGAUAAUCCCCAUAAUCCACUGUUAAUAGUUUUGCUGGCUGAGAGUGAUGGCAAUAGUAAUCCACAACAUGUAGAACGUGCCAGACUGCCUAUCUCUGUCAGGGAUGAAUAAUUUUUAGCAUGGUGCAUGUUGAAAAGCCUAAACAUCAUUCAAGUGUCAGAACAUAUUUUUGAGGAUUGUAGUUGCAAAAGAAAAAGACAACAAUAAGCAACACAGUCAAUCUUUAUUGAAAACUGAAGUAUUAAUACAUAACAAUUCCUGUUACAUAAACGUGCUUUUAAGAAUUUAACUCUGAGCUCAUCUACUCAUUGGAUUGUAUAAUAAAAAUGAAUUUUACACAACUGGCUCAGAAUGGAAUUGCCACUCCUAUGUGUUGAUGCAAAAGUUCAAUGCAGAUGUGAUGCUUUAAACUUCUUCUGGAAGACAACAUUGACCUAAACUUGGGAAAAAGUACCAAUACAACUGUUUUAAGACAGUUAAAAAAAAAAAAAAGUUAUAUAAAAAGGAAACCUGUGCCUAUUUCAUAA